GCAGUUUGGUCGCAGCCCUCUAACUCAACCAUGCGCUGGCAGUGUGACCAGCGUUGUUUCGUUGUCUCUUCUUUCUCAGCGCAAGUUCACACUAAACCUACCGUUUUGUUUACUUCGUGUGCACGACGCACGUGUGCUUCUUUUUGGCAUUUGAGUGAUGGGCGACGUUAGCGAGGCAUUAUUUGUAAGCACAUUGGACAAUGAGCGGGCCUCGUGCUGUGUGCAGGACCUGCGCACGGGCACCGACCUGAUGCGAUACAAAGGCGGCGGCACAAUGCAGCCGCACAGCCUGCAAAUGCUCGAGAACCAUUUUAUGAUUGCAGCAAAUAGCACAAAACCGUUGUUGCACGUAUGGCCCAUCAAUGGACAGGAGCAGAUGGCCAACAUCCGAUAUGUGGUGGCCGGCAGAGUGAGCGCAUUGGCAGUAACACCAGACAGUGGCUUCCUCAUUGCCGGCAUACAGGAGACAAUCUAUGUGUGGCAUUUGAGCACUGGCCGACUUUUGAAUACGCUCGCCAAGCAUUAUCAGCCUGUCACCUGCAUCCGGUUCACCGACAAUGGCGAACACUUUGCCACCGCCGGCAAAGAUGGUGCCGUCCUCAUCUGGAAUCUGACUCGCACCACAGCUCCACUGGGUUGCAGCGACAGCGAGGAGAACGCUCCGUUGUACAGCUUCAAUGAUCACGGCCUGGCUGUCACCGAUGUCCAUAUUGGAGUGGGCGGCAUUCGAGCCUUCAUGUACACCGUCUCCUUGGAUCGCUGCUGUAAGGUGUACGAUCUCAGCGAUGGCACAUUGCUCCUCAAUGUCGUCUUUCCCGUUGCCCUGCACAGCGUCGUUGUGGACAGGCUGGAGACAAGCGUCUACGUUGGCACCGAUGACGGUCAGGUGCUCAUCUUUCGCAUGGACAAAGUGCCGCGCAUGAGGGAAUACCAUCUGGAGGAGGAGGAGAGUCAAUCGUUCAUUGGACACACCACUGGCUCAGCAAUCACAUGCCUGGCGUUGUCGAUGAAUGCCCAGCAGCUGAUCUCGGGCGGCGAGGAUAAGCGCGUGUGCAUCUGGGAUGUGAGCAGUCGUCAGCUGAUCAAGAGCAUAGCUCAGCCGGGGGCGAUAACCAAUUUGCAAGUGCGUCAGAUGAACAGCGCCCGAUUCCAUGCGGGUCCCAAGCCAAUGAAAUUCUUUGCCGACAGUCUCAAGCGGAUGAUCAGUCCGGCGGAGGAUGAUGACUACGCCAUUGAGCUGCUCAUCACGGGCGAAUAUGCGAAAGCACCCAAAUUUUCCCCACCAAACUUUGAUAAUUGCUACGACGGCACCGACGAUGCGGAUAGCGUCACCAUCCCUGACCUAGACGAAGAGCCAUCGGCUCAAAUGGCAGUCGACGAAUUUGAGAAUUCCUCCUUCGACGAUGAUGAUGAUAAGGAUGUGAAAAUGUCCGAUACCAGCGAGCUGGAGAAACUACGUGCUGAAAAUGCGAGACUUAAAUUGGAAGUGAAGCGUUUGACCAAUAAAGUCGCUCCAACUCCAAAUCCAACAGCAAAUCUAAAAUCAGCAAAGAGGAGCAAAAAACGACGCAAAAACUAGUUCUUAAGAUACUUUUUUUUUGUUUUUAUGUUUAACAAUUAUAUAUAUUAUAAAUGUCUGCUAUAUGCAAUAUAGCAAGAAAAAAAGAAAA